GCCAGCUUGUUAAAUAGAAGAAAAACUGCAUCACAUCUCGUUAAAAAAAACGUCAGUGUUGCACAUUGCAACCGGUUCCAUUUGGUACCAACUCGAAAUAUCUCUAACACAUGGACGAAUUUACUGCGAGAUGAAUGGAGGAAAUUGUUUUCAUUGUUAUUCUGUUAGUGGGUUGGGUUAUCUGAGCUAGCUGCUUGCUACCAAAACGUUAGCGCCACUAUCGCCUGCAUAGGCUACGAAAACGUUAGCUGCUAGCUAAACAACAAAUCAAGCGCUGGCAAAUCCACAAUUAUUUGUUGAAACAAACUGCUCCUUACAUUUGAGAAAUAAACAACUUCCGAAGAGAAAAAUACUAUCAAACUCAACGAGAUGGUGGAUGCAGGAUGGCUACAACUACCUACCUACUCAACUAUUAAUAGUUAGCCCCCAGGAUGGAAAGCUUGUGCAUGAGCACGCUUCCUUCCUGUAAGCGUUCACUUCUCCAUUCUCUAGCUGGCGCAAAUGGUGGACCCAACGCCUGUCACGGAUAGCUCUUUUAAAAGUGAGUAGCUCAUGUUAUUAGCUUCCCUCGUCUCGUUUAGUUAGCUGGCAGAAGGUCAAUUGUAACGUGUGCAACUGCAGGUUGUUUUGCUAGUGAAGUCAUUUAUUACAUGGGUUGUUUUUAUCAGCUGUGCGUCUAUCCGUUGUAGAGAUCUGUAGCUUGGUGUUUACCAAGCUAUAGACAAUGUGUUUACAAUACAGUGUUUUGUUUACAGUGACUGAAAAGGACGUCAAGAGGUUAAUAGAAUUGUGUUCCACCAAUGAGGCUCUUUUCACAGGAAAUAUAAACGCUGCCAAGGUUGCCUGGAAGUAUGUGAGGGUUUUUGUAUGACAUUUAGUAUACCACAACCAGGUUUAUAUCUAACGGUUUAUAUCUUUAACGGUGCAGUGCAAUUCUAAGGGGAUUGGGUCUUGAUGGAAAGCUGACAGCUGACCAGAUUGCCGAAAGUGGGAAAAUCUGAAGACUAGAGACAAGUUAGUGGGCUUGUGUUCUUGGAAGACUGAGGUUUGGGACUUCUAAAAUAAAUAUUUACUGAUCAUUAAGUCAAAACAAAAAAUCCUCAUCCCAGCCAUAGUCCCACUUUUGUAUUUGUCUUUUAGGAUUUAAAAUACAAUUUUUUUGCCAAGGACACUGUUGCUACCAGCAUAGCCUCCUGGCCCUGGUUCCAAUUUAUGGACGAGGCCAUGGAAGGACGCCUCUUCAACAGCGCCAACGUUUUGGCGGUGGAAUCUUUGGGUGGUGAGGCUCCAAGUUCUCCCUCACCAUUAACCAACGAGAGAGGACAGGGGGGCGACGGUGCUGACAUUUUGGAGUUCUUGAUCAAAACUGAGAUGGAGGACAGUGCGGGGACAGAGAACUUGGAGGACAAUGCAACUUUUAACACUGAUGUAACUCAGACCGAGGGCCCUACUACAAUGGGCUGGCGAAGAAUGUCAGAAUGCUCAUAUAAAAGUAAGUGAGUUGAGCAUACUGUGAUUCUGUUGACCGUUCCAAUGAUUUCUUCAACCUUAAUUUGACCAGGAGGUCUGUUUAGUCCAGGGCUCUCCAACACUGUACCUGGAGAGCUACCUUCCUGUAGGUUUUCAAUCCAACCCCAGUUGUAACUAACCUGAUUCAGUUGAUCAACCAGCUAAUUAUUAGAAUCAGGUGCGGUAGAUUAGGAUGGAUUGGAACAAAAACCUACAGGACAGUAGUUCUCCAGGAAAGGGUUGGAGAGCCCUGGUCUAGACUUUAAUUGUAGUUAUUGGUUGUUAGCAAGCUUGCUGCAAAAAUGGUGUGUUAUUUGAUACAUGGUAAUAUAUGCUCAAUCUGAUGUACCUGAUUCAUAUUACUGACUUUGGUUCCUUCUUAACAGUGACAGAGCAGGAGACGGAGAGAAUGAUAAAGCUGCGUGCCGUGAAUGAGGCUCUCUUCACAGGCAGAAAACAUACUGCCAAGCCUGCCUGGAGGUGAGUAUGUCUGGGAAGGACAGAUACAGACCAUAUUUUGGCCCAGCACAUCCUGUGAUUAUCUGUCCCAAAUCCACCUCUAGCUCCUUUGGACUUAUGUAUGUUCAAAAGGACUGGAUAGGUGUAAACAAUAUGGUGAUAAGUCUGUCUAGCUAGACUUGGAGCUAUUACUAUAAUGCUUAUACCUAUUUGAUAAUUUCCGAUUUCGUUAAGUGCCCUAAAUGAGAAUUUGUUUGCAAAUUGUUGUCAACAUUUUUAUUUGUCUCUCACAGGAGGCUGCUGAGAGGAGGACCGCCCAUAAUAAUGGCUGGAAUGGAAUGAAUGGUAUCAAAUACAUGGAAACCAUGUAUUUGAUGAGUUUGAUUACCAUUCAUUUCGUUCCAGCCAUUACUAUAAAUAAAUAAAUAAAUAAAUAAAUAGGUCAUUUAGCAGACGCUCUUAUCCAGAGCGACUUACAGGAGCAAUUAGGGUUAAGUGCCUUGCUCAAGUGCACAUCGACAGAUUUUUCACCUAGUCAGCUCGGGGAUUAGAACCAGCGACCUUUCGGUUACUGGCACAACGCUCUUAACCACUAAGCUACCUGCCGCCCUACUAUGAGCCCGUCCUCCCCAAUUAAGGUGCCACCAACCUCCUGUGUUGUCUCUCCAUAUUUUCCUGCAGAGCUAUUUUGAAUGAGUUGGGCCUUCAGGGAAAGCUGACUACUGACCAGCUAGCCAAAAAGUGGGAUAACCUCAAGAGGCGAUAUAAGGUAAUGUGAGAGGGUGACGGCAGUACUCAACUAGCGUAUUUGUGUGUUUCAUUUUCAUUAGUGAUUUUUUAUGUGUAGGGUAUAAGAAACAUUCCCUAAGUUUUUUGAUGUUAUUCUUGAUCCACAAUGUAUCUCUCUCUCAUCACCUGCUCACAUCUCCUCUUAAUUCCACUCCACACUUUUGUCCACUGAACCCAGACACUGUGUUCCUCUUUUGGUGCAGGAGUUGAAAUGUCCAGCCCGCAGCAUGGAGAGCAACCCAAAUUCCUGGCCCUGGUUCUACCGCAUGAAUGAUGCCAUGGAGGGACGAUUCGCCGGCUGCGCCCCCAUCCUGACGCCAGUAGUAGAGGAGGGUGAUGAGGAGUUUGAGCCCUCUCCACUACCAAGGAAGAGGGCUCGUCGGACGCCAGGGAGGGGGGGGAUGUCGGAGUUCUUGACAGAGUCGGAAAUGGAUGAGCUGGAGGAAACGGAGGAGAGGAAUGGAGCAGCCAUCUUCCCAGGGGCCACCAUAGGGGAGUAUCACACGGCCACAGAAUUCUCAUAUAAGCGUAAGUGAUGAUGUUUUGCCUUUCAAAGGGACGAUUUGCUCAAAAUGCAAAUCAAUAUGAUUUUCCACUUUCUUGGGUUGGUAUUGGUCGACCCAGACAGUUUUUAAAGUGCAUGCUUGAGUUAUUUAGUAACGUUCACCAUCUUGUGACCCUAAGUCUUUGGAGUUAUUGGCAAAAUGCUAACUAGCAAUAAGUUACUUCAAUAACACUUCUUUGUGAAGAAUAUCGCUAGUUGUUAUAUUUGCUUGUAUUACAGUGACUGAGGAGGACACCAAGAGAUUGAUAGAGCUGCGUGCUUCCAAUGAGGCUCUUUUCACAGGGAAGAGAAAUACUGCCAAGCCUGCCUGGAGGUGAGUUAGCUUGUGUUGGAAAAAACUAGUUGGCUAAAUAAAAAUCUGAUAUUUACAGUCAAUGUACUCUGUUUUUUUUGUACUUCCAUUAUUUCUCUGUAGGGCAAUAGUAAAAGAGAUGGGCCUUGCAGGAAAGUUGUCUGCUGACCAGGUCGCCAAAAAGUGGGACAACCUGAAGACAAAAUUCAAGGUAUUGUAACUAGUGUGUGUCCAUGUACAUUUUGUCCAUGCUUUUUCUCAACCUGUUUAUCAGGGCCUAUGUGUGUACUUGCACAUGCACACUGAGUGUACAAAACAUUAGUAACACUUAUAUCCUAAUAUUGAGUUGCACCCCCUUUUGGCCUCAGAACAGUCUCAAUUCAUCACGGCAUGGACUCUACAAGGUGUCAAAAGUGUUCCACAGGGAUGCUGCCCCAUGUUGACUCCAAUGCUUCCCAUAGUUGUGUCAAGUUGUCUGGAUGUCCUUUUGGUGGUGGACCAUUCUUGAUACAUAUGGGAAACUGUUGAGUGUGAAAAACCCAGUGGCGUUGCAGUUCUUGACACACUCAAACCGGUGCGCCUGGCACCUACAACCAUACCCUGUUCAAAGGCACUUAAAUAUUUUGUUUUGCGCAUUCACCCUUUGAAUGGCACACAUACACAAUCCAUGUCUCAAAGCUUAAAAAUCAUUAUUUAACAUGUCUCCUCCCCUUCAUCUACACUGAUUGAAGUGAAUUAAACAGGUGACAUCAAUAAGGCAUCAUAGCUUUCACCUGGUCAGUCUUAUGGAAAGAGGUGUCCCUAAUGUUUUGUACAGUCAGUGUAUGUGUACAUGCAUGCUCAUAUGUGGGACCGGAGGAUGGGUAGGUCACACUAAGUGAUAUGUCCUAAUAAGUUUAUAUCUUCUCUUAUCCCUUAGGACUUGAAGUACCCGCCACGUGGCAUGGAGAACCAGAGCACCCCUGCCUCCUGGCCUUGGUUCCAACUCAUGAACGAUGCCUUCGAGGGCAGACUGGCUGCGAGAGCCCCCAAAAUAACUCCCAUAUGGAUGAGCGAGGAAGACUACUUAUUUGUAUCCUCACCGAUGCCUACAGAGAGAGACCUGUGUCCCAUGCCAGAAAGGAGUGGGAUUUCUGAGCUGGGAAUGGGACCAGGGGACACAGAGGUGGAUGGAACGGUUACGUUCUUAGACGCCAGUAUAGAGGCGUGCCCCACACCUUUGGAAUUCUCCUAUAAAAGUCAGUGUCAUUCCUUCAUUCUUCAUGUCUCAGAAUGUACUUUUUAAGGAGGAUAAAAUAUACUUUUAAAAGUAAAAUUUAAUGAGUUAAAAAUCUUCUCAUGUGUAUAUGAACUAGGGCUGUCCCUGACCCAAAAAAAAUAUUGGUCGACCGAGAUUAGUCUUUUCUUUCGAGCAAUCGAUUGGUCGAAAUUUAAAAACGUGUAUUUUUCCAUAUAUAGACACACCCUAUGUGUUUUAAUAAAAUCAACUAUAUGUACUGAGCUUGUCUGAUGCUUUAAGCAUGCUGUUUGAUUAAAUAAUUAAGACACACAAAUGAUUAGAGGGAGCCAGAGAUCAAGAUAGCCUAACCAGAAGGAAAAAAAACCUGUUCCCGACCCUCCUCCUCCCGUUGCUGCUGGCCUUCGCAGAUUCUGCCCUGCGGUUAAACUCCUGAAGUUGCCGGUAAUAGUCUACACCAGGGGUCGGCAACCUUUUCCAUUUGGAGUGCCAAUUUAUCUUACCAUUUCUAUCGAUCUGCGUGCCAGUUAUGAUUUUCAUAUGCACAUUGUUGUGGAACAGUUUCAUUUAAUUUAUAAUAGUAUUUUAUCUCAAAAUCAUUGUUAUGUGGUUAAUUUAAAUUCUAUCUAAAUGAAACAAAUCUAAAAGUAACAUCUAUUGCCAAGUAUGUAAACAUAGCUUACAUAAAGCCAACAAAUAAAAACAUUGCAGCCUGCAGGUAGAAAAUAUCCUGAUAACUAUACUAUAAAACACAUUGGCUACGCAUGGCUGUCUGCAACAACCUUGAAACAUUGUAUCAACUGUCUGGCCCAAAGCUUGUGCUAGCAAAUUUUCAACAUUGUAUAAAAUAUUCUGGGCUCUCAGUGUCCCGCGCCAGUGAGCUCGGGACAGGCACGGCUGUAGGCUAUUUGUGCAAGGGAUAAGUAGUAAUCAGGUGUUUUUAAGUUUCUACUGGAUCAGAGCAUUACAUUUUCCCCUUUCAUGUGGAGUGGUUAUCAGAAGGGAGAGAGCUGGAAAUAUUUGUCAAAUACAUUGAGGAACUAUUGUCAUUCUCAAUGGAUUCUAAAAACAUUUACAUUUUACAUUUUAGUCAUUUAGCAGACACUCUUAUCCAGAGCGUCUUACAGUUAGAGUGCAUACAUUUGUUUACUUGGUGUUUGAGGUGAAGACAUUUUUAAUUUGAGAAGCUCCACAGCUCGUUAGUGAGUUAAGACAAUCAGAAAUACUAUCCGACAUCCCCAAAUGGGCACAUUUAUAGGCCUACAGGCCAGGUAGCAUAGGCCUACUUCUAUAUGCGUAAUCAGGUGCACAUCCUUACUCAUUGACAGGAGUGCUCCAAACAAAAGACAAUGGAAAAAAAUGACAACUUGUAAAUGGAAUGAAAUAAACCAAAACUUGUUUCUCACAAGUGUAGCAUAGGUUGUGAGCUCUGCAAACAACGUGUCCACUCCGACAAAGAGAACGCUUCACGACUGUAAUAAUAAUAAUAUAUUGAAUGCAUUAACAGAAAUUACUGUAACCAAACAAACAUUGUAGAUUAGAAAUUAUGGGAAUUAACGGUAAAUGUAGGCUACUACUGGUGAUUAUAUGUAAUGGGGAAUUGAUAGACACUAACAAAGGGCAAACAAUUCACACAAGGAAGUUAUGAAACAAUAAAUGAGCACGAAAUGGCGGGAGAGACAUGCCUUGUGCAUCUUAGCCACACUCCCUUUUCCUGAGACAAGCGCGAAUCAGACUUGUCUUGUGUGCCAUAAAAAAAUAUACAUAUUUGCGACUGCUCGACUAAAAAAUCUCGGCCGACCAAGAGCCUAUCGACCAAACAAUCGACCAGUUGACUAAAUGGGUUCAGCCCUAAUAUGAACCAUAUACAGUGCCUUCAGAAAGUAUUACUCCUACAGCCUGAAUUCAAAAUUGAUUAAUAUUUAUUUAUCACGCACCUACACACAAUACCCCAUAAUGAAAAAUGAAAAUAUGUUUAGAAACUUUAGCAAAUGUAUAGAAAAUGAAAUAUAGAUCUGAUUUACAUAAGAAUUCCCACCCCUGAGUCAAUACUUUGUAGAAGCACCUUUGGCAGCGAUUACAGCAUGAAUCAUCUUGUACGGUGCAUACAGAAAGUAUUCAGACCCCUUGACUUUUUCCAUAUUUUGUUACGUUACAGCCUUAUUCUAAAAUUGAUUAAAAUAAAUGUUUUCCUCAUCAAUCUACACAUAAUACUAUAUAAUGACAAAACGAAAACAGGUUUUUAGAAAUGUUAGGAAAUGUAUUUUUAUUUACAUAAGUAUUCAGACCUUUUGCUGUGUUUCAACAACUUGAUUGGAGUUCACCUGUGAUAAAUUCAAUUGAUUGGACAUGAUUUGGAAAGGCACACACCUGUCUAUAUAAGGUCCCACAGUUGACAGCGCAUGUCAGAGCAAAAACCAAGCCAUGUGGUCAAAGAAAUUGUCCAUAGAGCUCUGAGACAGGAUUGUGUCGAGGCACAGAUGUGAGGAAGGGUACCAACACAUUUCUGCAGCUGUGAAGGUCCCCAAGAACACAGUGGUCUUCAUCAUUCUUAAAUGGAAGAAGUUUGGAACCACCAAGACUCUUCCUAGAGCUGGCAGCCCGCCAAACUGAGCAAUCAAGGGAGAAGGGCCUUGGUCAGUGAGGUGAACAAGAACCCGAUGGUCACCCUGACAGAGCUCCAGAGUCCCUCUGUGGAGAUGGGAGAACCUUCCAGAAGGACAACCAUCUCUGCAGCACUCCACCAAUCAGGCCUUUAUGGUAGAGUGGCCAGACAUAAGCCACUCCUCAGUAAAAGGCACAUGACAGCCCACUUGGAGUUUGCCAAAAUGCACCUAAAGACUCUCAGACCAUGAGAAACAAGAUUCUCUGGUCUGAUUUACAUUUUAGUCAUUUAGCAGACGCUCUUAUCCAGAGCGACUUACAGUUAGUGAGUGCAUACAUUUUUAUUUUUUAUACUGGAAUCGAACCCACAACCCUGGCGUUGCAAAUGCCAUGCUCUACCAACUGAGCUACAUCCCUGCCGGCCAUUCCCUCCCCUACCCUGGACGACGCUGGGCCAAUUGUGCGCCGCCCCAUGGGUCUCCCGGUCGCGGCCGGCUACGACAGAGCCUGGAUUCGAACCAGGAUCUCUAGUGGCACAGCUAGCACUGCGAUGCAGUGCCUUAGACCACUGCGCCACUCGGGAGGAAACCAAGAUUGAAUCUUUGGCCUGAAUGCCAAUCGUAACGUCUGGAGGAAACCUGGAACCAAACCUACGGUGAAGCAUGGUGGUGGUGGCAGCAUCAUGCUGUGGGGAUGUUUUUCAGCGGCAGGGACUGGGAGACUAGUCAGGAUCGAGGGAAAGAUGAACGGCGCAAAGUACACAGAGAUCCUUGAUGAAAACCUGCUCCAGAGCACUCAGGACCUCAGACUGGGGCAAACAGACACACCUUCCAACAGGACAACAACCCUAAGCACACAGCCAAUAAUGCAGGAGUGGCUUCGGGACAAGUCUCUGAAUGUCCUUGAGUGGCCCAGCCAGAGCCCGGACUUGAACCUGAUUGAACAUCUCUGGAGAGACCUGAAAAUAGCUGUGCAGCGACUCUCCCCAUCCAACCUGACAGAGCUUGAGAGGAUCUGCAGAGAAGAAUGGGAGAAACUCCCUAAAUACAGGUGUGCCAAGCUUGUAGCGUCAUACCCAAGAAGAUUCAAGGCUGUAAUCGCUGCCCAAGGUGCUUCAACAAAGUACUGGGUACUGGCCACUCUCCCAUAAAGCCCAGAUUGGUGAAGUGCUAUAGAGACCGUUGUCCUUUUGGCAGGUUCUCCCAUCUCAGCCAAGGAACUCUGUAGUUCUGUCAGAGUGGUCAUUGGGUUCUUGGUCAUCUCCCUGACCAAGGUCCUGGUUGCUCAGUUUGGUCAGACGGCCAGCUCUAGGCAGAGUCUGUUUGGAGACUGAUGGAGACCACUGUGCUGUUUGAAACUUUCAACACUCUAGAAAUAGUUUUAUACCUUUCUCCAGAUAUAUGCUUCAUCACAAUUACAGCCAGUUCCUUGGACUUCAUGGUAUAGUUUCUGCUCUGACAUGCACUGUCAACUAUGGGACCUUAUAUAGACAGGUGUUCCUUUCUAAAUCAUGUCCAAACAAUUGAAUUGGCCACAGGUGGACUCCAAUCAAGUUGUAGUGACGUCUCAAGGAUUAUCAAAGGAAUCUGGUGUGAAUACUUAUGUAAAUGAGAUUUCAUUUUCAAUACAUUUGCAAAAAUGUCUAAACAUGUUUUCCCUUGUCAUUUGGGGGGGGUUGUGUGUAGAUGGGUGAGAGAAACAAAUAUAUUUAAUCCAUUUUGAAUUCAGGCUGUAACACAACAAAAUGUGGACUAUGUCAAGGGGUAUACAGUGGGGGAAAAAGUAUUUAGUCAGCCACCAAUUGUGCAAGUUCUCCCACUUAAAAAGAUGAGAGGCCUAAGUAUUUGGUCAAUAAAAAAAGUUUCUAUACCCUUUGUUGGCAAUGACACAGGUCAAACGUUUUCUGUAAGUCUUUUCACACACUGUUGCUGGAAUUUUGGCCCAUUCCUCCAUGCAGAUCUCCUCUAGAGCAGUGAUUUUCUAUGGGGUUGAGAUCUGGAGACUGGCUAGGCCACUCCAGGACCUUGAAAUGCUUCUUACGAAGCCACUCCUUCGUUGCCCGGGCGGUGUGUUUGGGAUCAUUGUCAUGCUGAAAGACCCAGCCACGUUUCAUCUUCAAUGCCCUUGCUGAUGGAAGGAGGUUUUCACUCAAAAUCUCACGAUACAUGGCCCCAUUCAUUCUUUCCUUUACACGGAUCAGUCGUCCUGGUCCCUUUGCAGAAAAACAGCCCCAAAGCAUGAUGUUUCCACCCCCAUGCUUCACAGUAGGUAUGGUGUUCUUUGGAUGCAACUCAGCAUUCUUUGUCCUCCAAACACGACGAGUUUAGUUUUUACCAAAAAGUUCUAUUUUGGUUUCAUCUGACCAUAUGACAUUCUCCCAAUCCUCUUCUGGAUCAUCCAAAUGCACUCUAGCAAACUUCAGACGGGCCUGGACAUGUACUGGCUUAAGCAGGGGGACACGUCUGGCACUGCAGGAUUUGAGUCCCUGGCGGCGUAGUGUGUUACUGAUGGUAGGCUUUGUUACUUUGGUCCCAGCUCUCUGCAGGUCAUUCACUAGGUCCCCCUGUGUGGUUCUGGGAUUUUUCCUCACCGUUCUUGUGAUCAUUUUGACCCCACGGGGUGAGAUCUUGCGUGGAGCCCCAGAUCGAGGGAGAUUAUCAGUGGUCUUGUAUGUCUUCCAUUUCCUAAUAAUUGCUCCCACAGUGGAUUUCUUCAAACCAAGCUGCUUACCUAUUGCAGAUUCAGUCUUCCCAGCCUGGUGCAGGUCUACAAUUUUGUUUCUGGUGUCCUUUGACAGCUCUUUGGUCUUGGCCAUAGUGGAGUAUGGAGUGUGACUGUUUGAGGUUGUGGACAGGUGUCUUUUAUACUGAUAACAAGUUCAAACAGGUGCCAUUAAUACAGGUAACGAGUGGAGGACAGAGGAGCCUCUUAAAGAAGAAGUUACAGGUCUGUGCGAGCCAGAAAUCUUGCUUGUUUGUAGGUGACCAAAUACUUAUUUUCCACCAUAAUUUGCAAAUAAAUUCAUUAAAAAUCCUACAAUGUGAUUUUCUGGAUUUUUUUUCUUCUCAAUUUGUCUGUCAUAGUUGACGUGUAGCUAUGAUGAUAAAUUACAGGCCUCUCAUCUUUUUAAGUGGGAGAACUUGCACAAUUGGUGGCUGACUAAAUACUUUUUUCCCCCACUGUACAUACUUUAUGAAGGCACUGUAGGCAUCAAUAAAGCCAAACAUUUUGUUAAACAAAUAGCAACUUUAUUUUUGCUUUGAUGACAGUGACAGAGCAGGAUACGAGGAGGCUGAUUAAGUUGCGUGCGGCCAAUGAAGUUCUCUUCACUGGGAGGCGAAAUGCUGCCAAGGCUGCAUGGAAGUGAGUAGGAUUUAUUAUGAAAAUAAAUGUCAAUGACAAAGCACUAAAGUCAGAUAUGCAUAAUCAACACUGAUCACAUUGAUCAUUUUUGUGUGCAGGGCCAUUUUAAAAGAGUUGGGUCUCCUGGGGAAGGUGUCAACUUACCAGGUGGCCAAGAAGUGGGACAACUUAAAAAGGAGAUAUAAGGUAAACUAUCAAGUGUGUGUUUGCUGCAAAUUUCUGCAACAUGAAAUAAACCAAACUGUAAAUAGAUCAAAAUCAGAAUGUUUAUAUUGAAGGACCAAUCCUUAAUAAUGCCCAUGCAUUGGUCAAAUACUUUCACCCAGCUGAAGUCUGCUCUGUUGUUUGUAUUCUACACUGUGAUCACACUUGUUCCCUGAACAGGACCUGAAGUACCCUCCUGUGGGCAUGGAGAGCAUGGCAGACAACGCUGCUUCCUGGCCAUGGUUCUACCUCAUGAAUGAGGCCAUGGAGGGCCGCCUCGCCGCAAGCGGACCCGUCCUGACCCCUAUAACAGAGGGCGAUGACCCCGAGCCUUCCUCUUCACAGCCCUCUCGAAAUAGAGGACGCCCGUUGCUGGACAAGGGCGACAUCACACUGGAGUACGAACAAGAGAUUUAUGUGGACCCCACAACAGAGGAGGGCCACCGGGCCACAGCGGAGUGCGAGAGGGCCCUGAGAGAGGAGAGGUUGGGUAGGGGGCCAGCAGGGGGCACUACUGCUCACAAGGCAGUGACACUGGAGAGAGAGUGGGAGAUGGUGGAGAGGGAGAGGGCAGCGAUAGAGGGGGAUAGAGCGGCGGUAGACAGAGAGCGGCAGUGGCUGGAGAGCGAGAGAGCCAACUUGGCAAGAGACAGGAUGCUGUUGGAACAGGACAUGGUGGCACUAGGGAGAGAGAGAGAGGCCUUUGAGAGCCAGAGGGCAGCAGUGGUGAUGAACAGUGCUACAGUGGUGCACACUGGACACAUCAACCACUGUGGGAUGGGGAUGUAGACUUAUGGUAUUAACUGCCUUGGAAGCCAAGGACUGAUCAAGAGCCUUCAUGUAAUUUAGAGAACAGACUUUUCAGCAUGUUUUCACCUUAUUGGCUUGAAAGAUUAAUACAUUUUUUACACUCUCUCUCAUUAGGAUCAUGGGACCUGAAGAUUCACAAGAGAACACGCUUUGUUUGAUUUGUGAUUGAUACAUUCAAAACAUCUAAACUUAAUGGUUUAUUCAACUAAACCAGUGACAGAGAUUCAAUCUUGUUUUGAAUGACAUUUGAGAAUUGCUCUGUGUUGUUUCUUUUGAAAGAAUAGGCUAAUUAUGUUAUGUAAGCCUUAAAGUGUUUGUGAUUUGACUCUCAUCAUUAUCUCAAUGACCUCAUCCCGUCUUUUCAGUCUUGGUUGCAAUUAUAUUGUAAUAUAAGACAAAUUAGCACCAUAAGUGAGAGAUCUGAAUGUUUUAUAGAAGUGUUCACUUUUUA